AUGGUCACAGAAAACGUAAAUCUUCGAUACCUGCCACCCUCGGCUGAAUUCGACCUCCCCGGUCGCCGCAGGGUCCCUCACCCACCACGAUUGCAAUCUUUAGCAAAUGGCCCACGCGCUGCGCGACCCGGGAACUCUGGCCCAAGGCCUUCACCUCGCUCUCCACAGCCUCCAUACACCCAGCGAUCGCGCUCACCUCUACCACCACCGCAUACUCCUCAUGAAUCUCCGUGGCCACCUACUCCGCCUUAUCACGGCUCCUCACAGGGUGCGAGCGGCGAUUGGAACCCUGCCAGGAAUGAAUGGAAACCUCUAAGGUCUCCUGGUCGCCCUCCAGUAUACCCCACACCACCUGAAAGCUAUCCUCAGAAUUGGCAAGCGCGAGAUGGUGGAUUGGAACGGCCAACUCAUCGGAAGGGUCCACCUGCGCGAGGUGGACUCCGCAUAUCUCUGUCAACAUCCAGGUUGAACAACAGGCGACCAAGGACGCAGGAAUCCAUGGAGCAUCGUCCUCAGGAAAUAUGUCCCCAAGGACUCCUCUACCCGCGCUUCCCAGCGAAUGGGCCCGCCGACGAGAACGCUGUCCGAUCGAGUGUUAAUUCCUCCGAUACCGGUCGCUCUAGCAUUGAGCAAACAAGUGGAACCGAGCGCAGCAGUGUCCUGACCAAGAGCAGCUCAAUUACCGACCUAUCACCGGAUACUCCCGACGCGCCUUAUGGAAUGGACAGUGGGAUGAGCGUCGACGACGCGAUCUCCAUGUAUCUCGAUGGUUUCAGCGACGUGACGGAAGAGCCUGCGUCGCCAAAAUCUUACACAGGGAGCAAAGCGCCAUCGAUAACGCCCCCGCCAUCACGCGAUGCACAUCCAAGCGAGGUGCACGCGCAUGAAACUUCGUCGUUGAACGACGUUCCGAUACCCCCGUUGCCAGAAUCCAGUUACCAGCACAACCCAAUGCUAGAUUCAUUGUUCUUGCCUAACUACACAUAUUCUCAACCUACCCCGAUACCACCUAUACUUCCAGAAUCUCCUCCUGAAACCACCUCGUCGGAACAUGCACGAUCAGAAUAUACCCCCGAACCCGAGCCAUCUGACGGUUCACCACCCGAUCCUACUCCUCCAGAACCAUCGACAACCGAGGCGCCCGAUGUACGUACAGCACCACCUCAACGACAAGCCUCGAGGAAGGUCUUUGUCCCCGGAUUGGUACCGCCGCCACUCCGCUCAGGAAAUGGCCCUCGGGACGAUUACGGUUUCCGUAAAGCCACACAAUACGUGGCUUUGAAUGACUACGAAGCCUGGAAGGGAUCUUACUCCCAUCAUGUAUCGCAACGGAGAGCGAAGUGGUGUGGAUUGCUCAAGGAACAUGGGCUACCGACAUCAAAUCCCACAACAUUCCCACCGCAAUCAACGAAGGUGAAACGGUUUGUCCGCAAAGGCAUUCCUCCUGAGUUCCGGGGUGCGGCUUGGUUCUAUUACGCCGGCGGGUACGAGCUAUUGAACCGAAACUUUGGCCAGUAUGAUCAAUUGGUGGCGACCGCCAUGAGCUCGCCGAGCAAUGAUGAUAAGGAGCAUAUCGAACGCGAUCUUCACCGCACAUUCCCAGACAACAUCCAUUUCAAACCCGAGGCAGCCGAGAAAUCAGAGCCUUCCGGCAGCAGCAACCCGGCUCACGCCAAUGUCACUACGGAGACGCAGAUGAUACAGUCCCUCCGUCGGGUUUUGUACGCAUAUGCGCUGCAUAAUCCGAAAAUUGGAUAUACUCAAUCUUUGAACUUUAUCACAGGAAUGCUUCUCCUGUUCCUCCCCGAGGAAAAGGCAUUUUGGAUGCUGCACAUCAUCGCUGAAGACUACUUGCCCGGUACUCACGAAAUCAGCCUCGAGGGCGCGAACAUUGACCUUUGGAUUCUCAUGGUCUUGCUUAGGGACUCCAUGCCUGGUAUAUAUUCCAAGAUCGCUGCCAUGGGCGGAGCUCCGGUCGGGCGGGGCAGAUUGCCUCCCCUGACUGUGAACUCGCGGCUGCCAGACAUCACUUUGGGACUGACGAAUUGGCUUAUGUCUGUCUUCAUCGGGAGUCUACCCCUUGAAACCACUCUGCGAGUCUGGGAUGUGUUCUUCUAUGAGGGUUCGAAGACCUUUUUCCGCGUGUCUUUGGCCAUCUUCAAAGCCUGCGAGAAGGAUAUCCUCGCCGUGACCGACCCCAUGGAAGCAUUUCAGAUCGUCCAGACCGUCCCCAAAAAGCUGCUGGACGCGAAUGCGCUGAUGGAUGAAUGUUUCGUCCGUCGAAACCGCGUCGGACAAGGUCGCAUUGAAGAGCUCAGAGCCCAGCGCCGGAUCGCUGUUCGCGAAGAGAAGCUGCGACGGUCGGUGGCUUUCGGGAAAGGGCAACUUCAUUCUGGGACGGACGAUUUCACCGGUCGAGCCCGCACACCAGCCCCGAGUCUCGAGCACCGGGUGGCUGGUUCCUGGCGUCACUUGAAACAACACGCAUUCCAUAAGUGA